GACUGUGCAUCAUGCCGAUGUCGGAUAGCUUUGCAGCGGUUAGCCAACAGCUAAUGUUAAUACUGGAAACUGCGGGCCGUUUUUCCUCUAAAAACUCGGAAAUACCUAAUUGAAAACAGCAUAAAUCGUCUUUGCUAUCGGUCCUCCUACCACGGAUAAAGAGUUGUCCUCCAUGCCUGAGAUGAUGAAUGGGAAGCCUCCACCUGCUGCGUGGAGAUGACCUGCCACCCUUUCUGGAAUGGUCAGAAUGGGGCCAGAUGUGCCCCUUCUUAACGAGUACAAACAAGAGUUCUUCUGGAAGCGCUUCCCCCAAACUGUGCUGGGGGGUCCCCGCUUCAAGCUUGGCUACUGCGCUCCACCUUACGUAUACGUCAAUCAAGCAGUUUUGUUUUUGACCCCAUGGCUUUUUGGGGGCGUUGGCACGCUGCUCUGCCAGCUGCAGCUGCUUCAGGAGCUCUAUGCCGCCGUGCUCUCUGGCACGCUUAUGUUUGCAGCUGCAGCAGGUGUUCAGGCCCUGGCCCUGUAUGCUGCACGGAGGAGUGGCACAGUGGUAGAGAGACUUGGUGCUCCCAACAUCCUGAUUGAUGAGGAGGAAGUGGAAUUUACCCACUGUGUCAGUCCAGAGACGGUCCGAUUCAUUGCUCCUGGGAAGCGCUUUGGCCUUAAUGUGGUGCUGCAUACAGUCUUAGCUGGAGUUCUCUGUGGCUUAGGGACAUGGUAUGUGUUCCUGGGCAGACUGACGGCUCUCUACGGCAGCACUGGUGUAUCUCUUAUAGUGUUUGUUCUUAGUUGGGUGACUCUGUGUAUAGCUGAGUACUCCCUUAUUGUAAAUACGGCGGCAGAGACGGCUACUUUUCAGGCACAGGACACGUAUGAGAUCACGCCACUCACCCGGCCACUCUACAUUUUUAUUUUCAUUGCUCUGGACUUGGCUGACAGGUUCUCACACGCUGUUCCCGAGCUCCAGCUGGCCAGCCAGACUCUACAUGUGGUCUUCGUCUUCCUGCCUCUGUUGUGGGCUCUGGGGGUUCUCCCGCCACUGGAUGCCUUGCUCCUAUGGGGCAUGGAGCAGGCUCUUGUGUUUGGCCUCGGAGGCUCACCCAUGUCCAGCAACAUCAGGCUGCUCUUGAUGUUUGCUGUGUCCUUCGGCGUAGCUGUAUGCAAUUACUUCAUCCCAUCAACACUGGGUGUGGUCCUCUUCUCCACCUCUGCCGGAUUUCUGCUGAGCCUGGACCUGAGCCAAGUCGACACACUCUGCAGACGCCAGAGAAUCGCCUUCAGGGAUCACAGAUUUCACAGCGGGGCACCUCUUCCUCUCACUUCCUUUGGCUGGAAUCUUGGCUGCAGGGAACUGCUCCUGUAUCUGAGCUUGCUGGUGGUGGCCAUGGCAGAGGCAGGAUUGUUGCAUUACUUUCUUGGUUCAGCUCAGUCCCAGGACUUGGUUACAAGACUCCAAGGUCCAGUUAGAUACCUCCUCCUUAUACUUUUCUCUCUCUGCUGGGCUCUAAGAGAGGUCCAGGGGGCUUAUGUAGUUGGAGGGAUGUUCCUGAAUCCCCUCUACCCUAAAGGAAUGUCCAAUGUGCAGAGCUUCAAGCAAAAGAACAGAGGAUUGCACAUAGCUGCUGCUAUCCGAAGAGUCCUUCUUUAUCUUGUGUCUCCAUUUGCAAUGAUUGCUUUUCUGUCAAUGGACAAAUCUCUGCGGUCGCUCCACAGUGUCUCCAUCAGUGUGGGAUUGACACGAGCCUUUAGAGGGGUUUGGCAGAGCUCAGAGGAUGCCCUGCUUCAGAUGGUAGUGGUGGUGUUAGUGCAGCUUGCAGCUGGAAAUAAAACACUACCUGGAUGGGACACCCUGGGAACUGGAGUCCAGCUUCUGCUGGUGGGCCUCCUGAUGGACAGAUUGAGUCAGUUCCUGGCCAAACUGAAGUUUACCCUCACUGUCCUGGUGACCUCCUGGACGGAGAAGAAACAGCGUCGUCAGUCAGCUGGAACUCUCCUGGCUCUCAACGCGUCCCUGUGGCCACUGGUGCUGGCAGUGGUGAUGCUCUCUGCCCUGCUCUCUGCCCCUCUGCUACCCCUUUUCACUCUGCCUAUCUUCCUCGUGGGAUUUCCCAGACCUCAGCGCAGUUGGCCCGGCCCAGUGGGCACUGCCUGUCCCUGUCCAGACUCUGUCUUCUACCAGCAGAUGAGUGGAAGUUUGGCCUCUGCUCUAAGGACGGCCUUUGCAAGUGGUUCUCUCGGUUCUGUAGCCCCAGGUUCUCAUUUUCUGGGACGUUUCCAGGACCGUAUGGUUUGGAUAAUGAUACUGGAGAGAGGAUAUGGCUACUGUACAGUUAAUAUUAAGGGCUUAGAGCUGCAGGAGACAUCCUGCCACACAGUGGAGGCCCGUAGGGUGGAUGAGGUAUUUGAGGCUGCUUUUGAGCGCCCUGAGCGGCUUGGCUUCACCCAGGGCUUUAACCUGCACUGGGGUAAUGCCCUCACUCCCUGUGCUGCACUUGCGGUUCGAGUGUACUCUGAUGCCAGAAAUGUGCUCUCUGGCAUCAUCGACUCCCAUGACAACCUGAGGAAACUUCAGGAGGACUUUAUGAAAGCACUGAUCUGGUUGCUCCUCAGGUAUUGUGUGCAGAGGCAUAAAGGAUUGCUGUGGAGCAGUGAGGUUGGGUCAGGCAUUGGAGGCAUGAAAUCCCAGUCCUCCCAGUUAGCCCAGACUACUUGUAACCAGCUGUCUGAGGCUGUUGUGGUAGAGUCCAACAUGUCUUCUCUCAGGUUCAGACAGGACAGUUCUAGUUUGACGUCUUUUGGAGACUGGUCAGAUGAGGAUGACCUAUUUGGACCUCAACCAGCCAGACGGACCGUGGCGUUAGUUACUGCAGAGGCCCAACCUGGACACUCAGCGCUGCAGAUCGGGGCCUCCCUGCCAGGCUCUGUAGAAAUGGACAGUCUUUUUGAAAACAUGGCGCUCUCUGCCCUGCAACCACUGCAGCCUCUGGGACUCGGCAUUGGGAUGCCAGCUGUGGACAAAGGCCGAAACCCAGAGGUCCUCAGAGAAAGUCCUCAUCUGAACUUCAGCUGUCCAGAGUCUGAGGUUUUCAACCUACCUCUAGGGUGGAAGACAGCACCAUUACUCCCGUCUCGCUUGCUGUUGCUCAGGCCUUUGUUCCCGGAAGAAUGGUUUCGGUUCAGCUUGGGGCGUUUUGGGCUCGCUGUGCAGGGGGAGACCUCGGAAGACAUGACCAAAGGUCUGAAGGAGGAUGAGGUCUUAAAGGAGCUACAUGUGAAGAUCGCUCUUUCCUGUCUCAUCUCUGUGGGAGCCGAGUCUGCUUUCACCAGUCCGAGUUACAUCUACAGGCUCUACUGUGGAGAUGUGCCGUGGACAGAGGGACUGGACUGGCUGUCUUCAAGCAAAGAACUUUACCAGCUCACACUUCAGGCUUUCAGGUUCAGUUUCAAGCUGCUAUUUGACCAAGCGAGCCUGGGGCCCAUGGAGUCCCCCGAGGAGUUGUUCAGCACUUUAGAGGAAUAUGAAAGGGACUGGUACAUUGGCCUGGUGACGGAAAAAGGCUGGCAUGACAGUGUCCUUCAGGAGAAGCCCUUCCUGUUCUCUCUGGGACAUGACCUCACUAUGGGUACCUACACAGGGCGGGUACUGUCCCUACAGGAGCAGUUGGUGCAAGUAGGCCGUCUGAAUGGAGAGGGCGUUCGGGGCCAGUGGGCAAACCUUUCUUGGGAACUCCUGUAUGCCACUAACGACGAUGAGGAGCGGUACAGCAUCCAGGCUCACCCAUUUAUGCUUCGAAACUUAACUGUUCAGGCCGCCGAUCCCCCGCUGGGAUACCCCAUUUACUCCUCUGCCCCCCUUCACUUCCCCUGCCUCUGACCAGGGGUCCUUUCAUCCAUUUUGCAGAAGGAAACUACAGUUGGUCAAAAGACCUGUUUGUUCUUGCUGACUCAGAGGUUGUGCGUUUGUACAAAUAUUCUCUUUCUCACAUUAACUGGGAAUCUUGGUGCUUGACUUCUUCCAUUGCAGAAGCGUUAAUCAUUUUCUACAUUUCAAACAGAAAAUUCCAAAAACAGGAACAUUGAUGCCAAAAUCAGAGUCAAGCAGAUAAUGGGGUUAAAAGCAAGCACAUGUUCUGAUUAAUAUUUGAAUUUAAAAGAAAAACUACAAGAAACCAUUUCCUUUUCAGGAAGAACAUUGGUUUUAUUGUACUUUUUAGGUUUCCACAUUUUUCUGAUUUCAUCUCCGUGUCACCAGAGAAAGGGACGAUAAUUUGAAUGUUGUGUUCAGGAUAUCAAGGAUGUGCCUUGGGAAUAUCUUGCUCUUUUAUGUCAGUUCUAUUGUUUUUGUUUACAAUUCAAUUUGUUUACAGGAGUUCAAAGGAAUGUGUCAAUAGAUUUCUGUACACAUUGUAAAUUUUAAUAUGUGUAAAUGUACAUACUUGAAAUAAAAUGUUGGCAAAAUAUUGUUUUUAAACAAAUUAAAGAAUUAAAGAAAAUUA